AUGGACCGCCGACGAAUGUCUCAGUUUGACGACUGGGAAGCGCCUGCACGACAAGGCCGGAAAAGACCAAGAGCUCGCCAACACAUCAUUGAUGAAGAUGAAGCGCCCAUGACUAUAUCAACGACAAUCAGAAAGGGUAUCCAGGUCGGAAACCCCAACGAGCUUUGGACAUUCUAUGAGCAACGUUUCAAAAACAUGCAGCAAACGGCUUGUAAGCUCAUAGCAAAAGCAUGGGUCAAGGCCGUGGAGCCAAAAAAGCAGUCUACACAUCCUUACACGGGAAGUGACGAGAAGGCACCCGACUGGUGGCCCAAACCCUGGGGUCCAACAAAGGAGGACAAGGUGCGGCACAAGGAGCCAGACCAUCUCUACAAACGAGAACGAGUUCAUCUUCUUAAUCACAUCCUCAGGAUGAUCGUGGAGCCCAACAAGACCCAGCAUCCCGACAUUCAAAAGCUAAAUCUCAACGUGAAGAAGCUGGAGGAGAUUACGAUUGAGGCUCUUUCAGGCUUUUUCGCAGACAAGGAUAAUCCGGCCAAUGCGAAGAAGCGGCCGUUUCUUAACGAGAUAUUCAAGGUGGCCAAACAACAAGAGCGUUACAAGGACGGGAUGAUUGAUGGGACAACGGAGGUUUUUGUCAUGGCAGACGACAAGAUGCUUGAUUCGUAUGCAUCCGGUAACGACGACGACGGGCCUGUUCCCAAGGAAGAGGAUGACCAAGACGUGCCGCCAAAUAAGUUAGCGGCGGUCCCUGGCCUGAUGCCUUCGUCAAACAGCCACAGCUCAGGCGCUUCAUUGCAUGGCACACCUUUCCUCGGCGGAGAGUUACCUGUACGAGGCAACCAGUACAACCACUCGAUGAUGCAGGACAUGGCUCCAGACCAGCAUGGCUUUGUUGAGAACAACGCCAUGCCGGUAAAUAGUCAACCUGCGGUCCAUCCUAAUAGCGGGAACCUCGGUAUGGAUAUGGGUGUGCCCCCAGCUGCACAUGACUCUGGACGUCGUUCAUCCAUCUUCAGCGCCUCAACAGAGUACGCAGGACAGAAUGGCACACCGAUCUACACCCAGCAAUGGCAGCCAGGUUCUACAGCGCCAAAUUCCACGUCAAUGUAUACCUUUACUCAACAGCCAGCCAAUCCGCCAGCGACCGCUUUUGUCAGCCCCGGAGUUUCAAUGACCCAGGCUCAGCCAUACAUGAAUGCCUCGUUCGAUGGACUAACGAGGGGAUAUGACCCCAAUCAGCCUACUAUGUUCCGAACAGGAAGUGUGGCACAACCGUCACAGGUCCAUCCGACUUCGGGCUACGAUUAUAUGUCUCAGGAUAGUCGAGGGCUACCCGGUGUCAAGGUGGAUGAUGUACCGCGACAUACGAUGCAUUAG